CAUUUCGUCAAGACAGAGACAGAAUACCUUUGCUACCGAUAGGACGUCCCAGUGUCUUCUACGAGAGAGGCGCAACAGUUGGUUGUCAUCACUUGAACAGUACACUUACUAACAUGUCGCCCGCAAAUGGAAAGAGACCUAUUGUAGAUGUGACCCGCUCUGAAAGCAUCAGCGCCAGCCACAGGUUACACAGCAAACUACUUGGAGAUGAGGAGAAUAGCAGAAUCUUUGGAAAGUGCAAUAAUCCCAACGGCCAUGGUCACAAUUACAAAGUGGAUGUGACUGUGCGAGGUCCAGUGGAUGAGGUGACAGGGAUGGUGAUCAACGUGGCAGACCUCAAGGUGAUCAUCCAGAAGGUGGUCAUGAAUGUAUUCGACCACAAGAACGUUGAUCUGGAUGUGCCAGUCUUCAGAGACACAAAUCUGGUGAGCACAGCAGAAAACAUUGCAGUGGUUAUUUAUGAUGACAUCCAGGAACUUCUUCCAGAGGGAGUUAAGCUUUACAGGGUCAGGCUCCAUGAGACUGGCAAAAAUGUGGUGGAUUACUAUGGCAUCCGGGAGUGACAGAAAGGACACUCAUAACAGUAUAUCACUUCGAGGCAUGAGAAAUCACGUCUUCCUGACUCGGGGCACAGGUCACCUAAGUAGAUUAAGCCAGCAAGCAGAUCACAGCUCCAUACAAGCACUGCUGAAAUUUAAAGUGACAACAAAGACUCCUUGUUAAAUAUUUUUGUUGUAUUUAUUAGAUAUAUCAACAAGUCAGUGAUAAUUAUUGUAUUCUGAAAGUUCUUCCAUUUGGUAAGCAUAUGUUAUAAGAAAUAUUUUCUGUUGAUUGAUAAAUUGCAAGUUGAAGAAC